AUGGCCAAGUUUGUUGGCAUGGUCUCAGUUGGCAUAUCAACUGGCCUCUCAUACGCAAUCUCAUCCAUCGCUCUCCCAGCUCUCCAAGGGCUUCCCACAGCUUCCCUUGCCGCCCAGGCCCUGACGGAUAUCCAGUACAAGGCCCGCAGGACUGCGCUGACACUCUCGCACAUCACUGUAAUCACUCUCAUCGCAGCAUUCAGCCUCUCGUCUCCUCGUCGGCGACACCCUUACCUCCUCUGGACCAGCGCAUUCUCCCUUCUCGGCGGUAUCGGGUUGGAGCUAUUUACAAACCACCCUUCGUUCAUCCAAGGAACCGAGAGCGUCAGCACCAGCACCUGCAACUCAUAUCUUUCAUCACUAUGCUGUAGCUCUAAAUCUCGUGGUUCUCGCUCAUCUGGCUGCUGUGCUGGAGCGUUCUUGAGGAAUCUCUUCUAUGGACCAGCACCCGAGUCAAAGUCGACCAUCCCCGAAAAGAACGCUGAGGAUGAGGAGUCGUUUGGAAACUCGAGUGAGAUUGAGCUCAUCGAAACUCCAUCCGAGGCAGAGUCCACGGGUGGCACUAUCCGCUCGACCGGAAAGGCAUCGGCCUCCAGCUCCUUGCCAGAGAUCAACGGCGAGACCGUAGAGGCAUCAAUGAAGCAGGAACGCAAGUUGCAUAUGCUAAGAACUUACCUUCUUGGUAUCGGGUUCUCAAUGGGUGUGAUUGGCAUCUGGGGCGAGCGUACUAAAUAG